AUGUUCCAACCUGGAACAGCUAUAAGUGUAGUCAAGGAAAUUGAGAAAUAUAAAAUCAAGAUAGUAGCAUUACAAGAAACCAGAUGGAGUGAUGAAGGAACCAUAGACAUAAAUGAUACCGCUGCUAUCCUAUAUGACAAGUGCAAUGAAAGACGACAAUUUGGGGUUGGUUUCGCAGUACACAAAAGCCUAGUACAUACGAUAAAAGAGUUCAAAGUUAUCAACUGUAGAAUUGCUAUUCUUAUAGUUAAGGCCAAGUUUUUUGAUAUAAUAUUUAUAAAUGUACAUGCCCCAACGGAGGAGAAGUCAUAA